GUCGACGUUACAUGGAGAUACAAUGGCAAUGACCGUGACAGCUCCACUGGCGCCAUGUCUAUACACCGAGGCCCGUCUAAACAUCGAGCCGACCUACGCCAACUCGACCCUACACAUCCCCACCGAAGGACCGUCGUCGUUCUUUUCGCGCAAACGUUCAAGGAGCAAUGAUACCCUGGCCGAUGCCGACGAAGACGCAUACGCGAAACGCCAUCUGGCCACCGAGUCGUCCAUCUUCUUUCGUCGCCAGAACAGAAACCCGCGAUGCUUCCUCUGGCGCGUCCUCGAGGAGGGAAAACUGCUACACAUCCAGAGUGUCGACCUGAUUCAAGCCCGCAGGAAUACUCAAGAGAGCGUCAUUACCUUCGCCCUGAGCUUCGCCAACCCUAUCCGGCCUAAUGGUGUCGCCUUUGCUGACGCUGUCGAGCGAGACGCCCUCGAAGUCUUUGUCUUGACCACCUCCAACGAACUUUUCACCUUUACCCUACGCAAAGACCUCCUCCUGCGUGGUUCGCUACCCUCACCUGCUGAUUUCGACCCCACCAGCUGCUUCAAAAUCCACCAAUCACCUUCGUUCAGCUUCCGCUCUCCCUACAAGCUCGUUGCUCUUAGUUCGAUGGACUUGCUUGUUUCUCUCAGCGACGGUGGCUUGUUGCGUCUGUCAAGAAAUAUCGGUCAGGGUCAAGGAUCAUGGCACGAAACUGCGUUUAGCGAACCUGGUUGGGGAUCAUCCUUCAAGACUUUCUUCUCCAUGAGAGGUCACAACACCAUCAAAUUCAACGGCCUCGACCUUGAGCCCUCGACUGCUGCUGCGAUCGCCUUGUCGCCCGACACGACACAUGUCUUUACCGUGUGCCUCGAUCAUAGUCUAAAGGCCUGGAAUACCCAAACCGGAAAAUUGGGCGUGCAGACCGACCUUCUCAAUGAGAACGACAAGGAUAUGCAGUCUGGCUCGCCGCAAUUUUUGAUGAGUCCUGCUCAAGGAACUCUUCUCAAGCUUCUCCAAGUUGAUGGAAGUCCCGAUGGCGACAUGUACUAUGCUGUCACGAACUCACCANAAGACCAUCAAUUCAAGUUUUGGGCAGUCAUGGAUCCUGACGAUGUCGAAUUGGGCCUCCGCGACGUCCAGCCAGACACCAAACUCAUCCCUCCUCUUGAUGAACUAAUGAACACGAACGCCUGGCAACUUGUCGAAUAUCAUGUUCGUCCUUCCAAGGGCUGGAGCAGCACUCAAUUAUGGAUCAGAGUCAGAUCUGGUGCUAUCUGCAAGAUCUUCACUCUGACCUUCGAUCUGCUUGCCGCGUCUGACGACCUUGAAGAUGCAUGGCGCAACAAUUGGGCCUUUGUUGACGAUGGGUCUCUUACCAUUGAGGCUCUCAUGAACGACCCCUCAUACCCAGGAGACGCUGACGUCCAACUUGCGGUAGAGGACUGCUCCAGUCUCAGCGAUCGAUGGCUUAACUUCUUCUUCUAUCCAGGAAGGUUCAGUGUGCCUAUGCUGGAAAGCGCAUUGCAUGUUUACAAANAGGGCCUAAAACUUUCAACUGAAUCAUCACGAUCGACCAAGGAGAGCCCACUCAAGNGGAGAAUCUGCGAUGCUAUUGCCGCCAAAAUCAGUGUCGACCAAGAUGCUGAAGGCCAGCUAGAUUUCGACAAGUACCAGUCCGAAAUUGCUGCACAAUGGCAUGUGUUCUUUGGCCUCGUGCGACAUCUUCACACUAGACGUGGCGAUUCUCUUUCGUUGGCAUUCGACAUGGACACGGAUCUUGCUUGGUCAGUCAGAGCAGAUCAAGUCGGCCCUGUCAGGCAAUGUAGUGAAGUUGAGGUUAUGAGUCUCAACAAAGAUGUCUUCCUUACUCAAGAGGACUCGUUUAUCAACAACUCCAUGCCCCUUGCCAAUCAUUUGAACGACGAAAACAGUGUACAUAUUGGUCGUCUCCUUGCGGGUGCGAGAACGUUCAGGAGAGGAUUGUCUGCUGACUUUCAGAAACUCUUCGACACGGCAAGUGCUGCGGAUGCUCUCAAGAUUGGUAUCAACGAUACAACUCCAAACGGUACUCAGGAUAAGCAUCUUGAGGACUUGCGACAACUCUAUGAAUUAUGCGCUCUUCAUACCGAAGUUACGGACGAGGACUUCAAUCAACUAACAGACUCAAUGCAAGAGCUCGGCGGCCUUGGUGAUCUGGACAACGAGCUGUUCUAUGUUGCUAUCGAACGCCUCACUGAACCCGAACAGGGUGCUGACGGAGAUCAAGCACUCACUCGUUACGGAGACAAGGCUACUAUUCGCGGCGCCCAGGACACUCUUUCUAUGACAAGGGACAUUAUUCUUGAUCUUCUCGCUUUGGUAGUCUUCAUGGCUGGCGAUCUUGAGGAGGAAGAACUCUCGCCUGAAUUCAGACCGUCAGAACUGUACGAGCAGCUGGUCGUGAAGCUGAAAGAGCACAAUGUUCUGCUGUGGCUUGCUAGCAACGUACGGGAAGAGCCAACAAAGAAGGCCAAAGACGCUGUCGACAGUCCCGUCUCCAAGCCCAACAAAUCCCAGUCUCAUCCUACUCUGACAGUGCUUGAAAGCAUUUUCAUUGGAGAUUGGCACAGCCUGCGACUCCCAGCUUCGGAGGCUCUUCCCUUCCUCAUCACUUACUGGUGCCGUGCAUGGACAUAUGGAGCUAACAUCUCUAAUGCUUACAAUGGUGUUGUCGAGCACGUUUUGGGCAAUCUCCUUAAGCACCAGGAUUAUGAUCUAGCUACAGACUUCCUCAAGUUUGUGUCAGAUGGACCUUGGCCGUCUUAUCUCCGAGGAAGACUACAUCUCGCAAUCGGAGAAUACGCCCUGGCCGCCGAGUAUUUCAAGCAGGCAUCUGAGUCACUCGCCGAGAAGAACAUCAAGAAACUCAAGAUUGAUGAGUUAGAUACGUCGAGCUUGAUUGACCCUCAAGCACGCAACUUUUUCAACGAUGGGUUGCCCCGUUACUACUUACACAUUUCGUACCUGUUCGAGCGCAGUCGACUGCACGCAUAUACAGCCGAUUUUGCUUCGCUCGCUGCUCAGGAAUUUGCAGUAAACUUUGAGAACUUCGACGACAACUCGUUGAUCGAUCUAGACACGCGCAAACAGGGUAUGCACAGCAGCCCAGCAGCCACCAAGGUCAAUUUGGCAAUGGAAGAGAUCAAACUGUUGCGCGUGCGCGAAUUGAAAGAGGAUAUCUUGACGCGCGUAUUCAAUGCUUCGUUGCAGAUCUGUCGCUACAAGCCUGCCUUUGAUGCUUUGCUUGUCCUGGGCAACCCUGUACUACGCAAGACGUCACUUCAAGCACUGCUGCAAUCGCUUAUUGCGACCAACAGGAUGAGCACGCUUCUCUCCCUGCCAUUCCCAGAAUAUCUCCUUCCCGAGGUUGAUGAUAUAAUGCUAUCGUUAGCGCGUAAGCAUCUGUCCUUCUCCCCAACACCGACAUCUGGUCAGCCUCAGUACCACCAAGUUAUGUACACAUGGCGUAUCCACAACAACGACUUCCGUGGAGCUGCUGAGAUACUGUUUGAGCGCCUGCAACGCCUCAGACAUAGCACGGCAAAGGUGUUUGAACCCGAUGACGAGACACUGGUCGAGGCGUACUUGGUCCUCAUCAACACGCUCGCAUGCUGUGGCAAGGACGAGGGAUGGAUCCUUGCAGAAAGGGUCGAGGAGGAAUAUCAGCGUGGCAAGAGUGUAUCAGCCAGCCACGGCAAGAAGCGCAGAAUCGUCACGCUGGAAGACGUGCGCAAAGAGUAUCAGGCAGAGCUGGACCGCAGAAGUGAGAUGCAGCAAGGCAGGUUUGCUUUGACUGCAGUGAUUGCAGAGCAGUCCACCGUGUGCAAGAAGUAUGUAGAUAUCCAGCUGCAUAUGCAGAUAGAGAAGGAGCAUUGGAAAAGGAAGGAGAAUAUGACGAAGCCAGGUAGGGCUGUGCCGAGACGGCCGAGGGUGAGAUUGGCGGAGGUCACAUCACCGGGCAACAACGACAGGCAUCGAGUUGGUCGACAGCAACCAGACGGCAACAUGUCCAAAUCGACCUUCUGUCUCGUGUCGCUACCGACAUCCAUUUCGCCAUCGAAUGACAGCGACGAAGCGCUGACGGCCCUGAGGUCGGUCGUGUCAACCGACAACGGCACGACGUAUCCGUUCAGCAUCCCGUCCUUCAAGAUUGGCACUCUGGACGCCCUGGUGCAGCAGGCUGACGACCUGCAGAAGCUCGAGCAGGGAUGCAAGGGUGUUGUCGAGAAGGUGGCCGACUCGCUGAAGAACAUUCUCGAGGGAGACGAGGACAAAAUCGCCGACCAGAAGAACGUCAACGACAAGCCCGUCGACCACUACUUGCAGAGCUUCCAAUGGAACAAGGUCAAGUACCGCGCCGAGAAGCCCAUCUCGGAGCUGGUCGACAUGCUCCAGAAGGUUGGUUGCCUGNACAUUGCAAGCAUAGACAACGACGUCAAGUCCAAGUUCAACCAGUACAACUCUACAAAGACCUCUCUAGCCACCUCCCUGCGCUCGCGCACCGGCAACCUGUCGCAAAAGUCGCUGACCUCCGUCGUCAACCCCAACAACCUCCUGGCUCCAGACGCCUCGGAAUACCUGCAACAACACCUGAUCGCCGUGCCCAAGAAUCAGGUCAAGGACUACCUGCAGAGCUACGAGUCUUUGUGCCCCAUGGUCGUGCCGCGCUCCUCGCAGGAGCUGGCCAAGGACGACGAGUUUAGCUUGUUCGCCGUUACCGUCUUCAAGAAGCACAGCGCAGAGUUUGUCCACAAGGUGCGCGAGAAGCGCUGGACGCCCCGUGAAUGGAAGUUCACCGAGGGUGGGCGUGAGGCCGAGGAGCGUGAGCAGCAGAAGCUGGAAAAGGAUGAGCGCCGUGUUUGGGGCGAGGCGCUGCGUCUUGGUCGUACUGGCUAUAGUGAUGCUGUCAUGGCUUGGAUUCAUGUUCUAGCUCUGCGUGUCUUUGUUGAGACGGUUCUGCGCUACGGUCUCCCGCUGAGCUUCGUCUGUGGUCUUGUCAAGGUAAGGAGUUUGACUACUACGCUGAACUAUGCAAGAAUGCUGACACACAAACAACAGACGGACAAGAAGGUCGUUGAAAAGGUCAAGAAGAACCUCGACGGCGCCUACUCACACCUUGCCGGAAACGCAUUCGGUCGCGACAAGAAGGGCAGAGUGACCAAGGAUGAUGCUCAAACAGCCAACGAACUGCAAGCGACCGGCCAUGCCGGUGGUGAAGACUACAACGCCUUUGUCUACUACCAGUUCGAGAUUGCA